GCGACGCUGUGACAGUGUAGCUGGCCACCGACCUACAUCACGCUAUUUUACAAGAGCAAUUUUGUCAGCACACAAUCCGUUUAGAAGAGGCGGGUCUACAUAGACGAUUAACCAUCUUCAGUGUCAGUAAAGUCAGAUAACGGAUGUGUUCCUGAAAUGAGCUUUCACUACGGACAGGGUUAUCCAGGAGGGGGUCAGUCUCCACCCUUUGGUGCAGGAUUACCCCCUGGUGGUCCCGCCUAUCAGGGAGGUCACUAUGGUGGAACAGCCGUGCCCUCAGCUCCGCCGGGGCCGUAUGACAGCUCCACGGCCCCUGACUAUGCUCCAUACGGGGGUACCCCACCACAACCCGGGGGACAGUAUGCAGGGGGGCAGCCACCUGGUAAUCCCUACGCUGGGUACGGUCAGUCCCAGGGUGGACCAUAUGGGGAGCAGACUCCAGCAGGUAACAUCCCACCAGGUGUGAACCCAGAGGCAUACCAGUGGUUCCAGUCAGUGGACAAUGACCAUAGUGGCUUCAUCACCCUGAAGGAGCUGAAACAGGCUCUGGUGAACUCCAACUGGUCUGCCUUCAGCGACGAGACCUGUCUCAUGAUGAUCAACAUGUUUGACAACACCAGAUCGGGCCGGAUGGACGUCUUCGGCUUCUCUGCGCUGUGGGUCUUCAUGCAGCAGUGGAGGUCCCUGUUCCAGCAGUUCGACCGCGACGGCUCCGGGUGCAUCAGCGGCAGUGAGCUGCACCAGGCCCUGUCCCAGAUGGGCUACAACCUGAGCCCCGAGUUGACGCAGGGCCUGGCGGCGCGGUACUCCCAGCGGGGGACCCAGGGAUCCAUGCAGCUGGACCGCUUCAUCCAGGUGUGCACGCAGCUGCAGAGCAUGACCCAGGCCUUCCGCGAGAAGGACGCCGCCAUGACGGGAAACGCGCGCAUGAGCUACGAGGACUUCCUGACUGGCGCCAUCGUGCGGCUCGUGUGACGGCGGGCGGCCCGGGCGAGCUCCAUGGCUUCAUCCCACCCCCCCUUUCUCCUCACCUUUAAAAAAAAAAAAAAAAGCACUUUAAUUGCACCUAACAGGAUGUGCUCCGAUGUACUAAUAUAUCAUUGAAACUGACUGUCUGAUAAAAAGGGCUUGAACUGAUAAUGCCUUGA